AUGAUCGACUUUUUUAACGACCUAAAAGAACUAGCGAGGAAGAAGAAGCAGGAAAAUGCGAAAUAUAUGUCCCAAGCACUAAGAUUUGAAAAUGACAAGAUUUUAGGUGAGUAUAUUAGAAACAGCAAUGAGGAUAUAGUUAUAAAUAUUGAGGUGGAAAAGAACGAUGAUUUAAGAUGUUAUGUGGAUGCAGUUAAUUUAAUAAAGGAAGAUAUAAAACAAAUUUACAGUAUUAUCGAUAAUAUAUCUUUGCUAAGAAAAAAAGUAAACUUAUCUGUAACAACAGAACAAGAAAAUGAAUUAAGUAUACUAUUAAAUAUGGAAAUAAAAAAUGGAAAUAAUAUUAUUCAUUCAAUAAAAACAGAAAUAAAAAAUUUAAGAAAAAAGUUUUUACUAAAAUCACAACAAGAUAAAAUUAUGAAAAAAACUAUACACGAUAACUUAAUUCAUACAUUUAAAAAAACAUUGUAUGCUUAUCAACAGAUUCAAAAUGAUUACAAUGAUAGUAUGAAAGAUAAAAUGACAAGACACAUAAAAAUUAUUUACCCUCAUUAUACGGAUGAAGAUAUAAAUUCUGUACUAAAUCAUGAUGAUAUAAUAAAUACACAAAACCUAGUUAAAUGGAAAUUACAAGGGCAUGAGAAUUUAAAAAAUGCAUUAACAGAUGUAGAAACCAAAUAUAGAGAUGUUAAAACGCUAGAAAAAAAUGUAUGUGAUUUACACCAAACUAUAAUAGAAUUAGCAGCUCUUAUUGAGAUGAAUGAUGAAGUUAUAAGUAACAUACAUGACAAUGUCAAAGACGCACAAUACUUUACAGAAAAGGCAAAUGUUGAUUUGAUUGACGCUAGGAAUAUUCAAAGAUCCACUUCCAAGUGGAUGUUCUACAUAUCCAUGGGAAUUCUUAUUGUUGUGAUUAUUAUAUGUCUACCCGUUCUAGUGAAAUUUCUUUAG